AUGGUUGGAGCUUCUUUCAAGCGUAGAGAUGAACUUUGUGAAUCUCAAGCAAAAGAAAUUGAAGAAGCAUUAUGUAAAGGCGAGCUUGAAACUGGUAGGGGCUUGAAUCGAGAACUAGGUCUUGCUAGAGCCGGUGAUACUAGAUGGGGAUCUCACUACAAAUCUUUUAAAAUUUUUAUUCUGAUGUUUGGUCUUAUCAUUGAUGUACUUGAUGCUAUUGUUGUUAAUGCCUGUUUUGAAGAAAAGUGUAGGGCAGAGGGUUAUCUUAAAGCAUGUUUGACAUUUGAGGUUGUCUUCAUGUUGCACUUCAUGCGCACUAUUUUAGCAAUCACAAAUGAGCUUAAUGCAGCUUUUCAAAAGAAAGAGCAAGACAUUGCAAAUGUCAUGCUACUUGUUAGAGUGGCAAAGGAGCGACUGCACUAA